AUGAGUUACGAUUUCGAAGAUGAUAUUAUUGAUCUCACGGCCUCUUUGUCAUGUGCCCGUCAAUGUACGUUGUCUAAUGUAGUCAUAGAUCUUGUUACAACUGAUGAAUCAUUUUAUGAUUCUUCUAUAGAGGCGGAUGUAGAUGUAUCACAAAGUCCAAUAAAACUAAAAAGCUCUAAACGCAAAGGUAAUUUCCAGUGUUCAGAUAUACCUUCAAAAAAGAAACCUGAUGUCAUCAACAACAAAUCAAAUUCUUUUGGUGAUUGUCCUAUAUGUUGGGAGGCUUUGGGUAAAAACCCUUUGGCGUCAACAAAAUGUGGGCAUGUAUAUUGUAUGAAAUGUUUAGAAAGAUCUUUACAAAGUGAGAAAAAAUGUCCAUCAUGCCGAUGUAGCUUGAAAGGAAAAGCGGCUUACCAUCCUUUAUACUUGUCUAAAAAUUGA